AUGGAGAGACGGACCGGGUGGCUCCUGGAGCUGAGUUCCCAUACUGGCCGCACUUUGAGUCAGAUCCUGUUCUCGGUAAUCCGAAGAACCUCUGCUAGUGGAGGAGCAGACUUUCAGAGCUGGAACGGGCCUGGAACGUCGUCCUUCUCACUGUGUGGCCUGGUUGAGCCCGGCAGGGCCCUGCAGGGAUCCCUGAUGCCCACAGACUCUAGGCUCACUCAUGCCCUUCCGCACCGUCUGGGAUAA